AUGGGCAGGGCCCAGCAGGACGGGGAGCAGUUGAGGCUGGCGCUGGAGAGAGCACAGAGAGAAGCCAAAGAGCGAGAGAAGAAACACCUAGGGCAGCUGACGGAGCAGCAGGAGCUGGUCCGGGAGGUGAAGGGUCGGCUGCUGGAACUGCUCCGGGAGAAGGAUGCCUUGUGGCAGAAGACAGAGGGCAUCAACUCCCGGGCCCCCAGCGUGGUGCCCCAGGACCUCAGCCUGUGCGCCCGCUGCAGCCAGGACUUUGGGUUUCUCUCCCGCAGGUACCAGUGCAGGCUGUGCCAGGGCACCGUCUGCCAGGCCUGCUCGGUGGAGAGCGGCAGGAGGGAGCGCUGCUGUCUGCUCUGCUGGCAGAAGAGGAAUUUCAAAGGCACCUGAGCAGGGCCCGCGUCCCGUGCGCCCUGCCUCCAGCUGGGGAGACGGUUCCUGGCACCGACCUGCCUCUCCGUGUGGGACCAGGGCGUCUGUAACCCUUCCCGUGCCCCCGCGCUGGCGACGGGGCAGCGCCUAGAACCUGUUGGGCUGGGCCCGCACUCGGCCCUGCAGACGUUUCCCCGCGUCCUGUCCCGGGGAGACCAUUCCGGUGCAGAGACCCGGCCAGGUCCAGGCCCUUCCGCCCUGGGGGAGCCUUAAAAUGAAUGGCGGCCGUGCGUAUUUUAGCCCCCUCUAGUGGCUGGCCCACAUAGAGGAUAACAGCCUACUACUGCUAACGGAGUUGUUCAGGCAGCACGAGGCUGGGCUGUGGUGCUGAAGGUCCCGGGUUCAGAGCCUGCUGACGGCCCACGAAGCGGGUCAGUCCAUAAACUCGUGGCUUGAGCAGGGCUGCUAGCGAAGGUCUCUGAUCUGUGA